AUGGGCUCAGAAAGCGUUUCGGAAGCCAACGUCCAUGACAUACUACAACAAGCAGAACACCCAGCAGAAAGGCGGGAGGAGGCAGAGGAUGACCCGCACGAUGGGGAUAACAUUGAAUACCCAUCAGGGCUCAAGCUUGUCGUAGUCCUUGUUGCCAUUUUCCUGUCUUUGGUUCUCACAGGACUGGACUUCAACAUGAUUGCGACCGCGUUGCCCACUAUCACCACACAGUUUCAGACAAUCGCCGAUGUUGGUUGGUAUUAUUCUGCAUAG